UGUGACACCGCUUUGGACAUCAAGUUGCCAUACACUGCCCUUCAUUCGUUCUCUAACUCUGUGACUAGAAGAGUGUGCUCAAACAACUUGAACGCUGCAAACUUCUACAAAUUUUCUUUGGCAUAUGACGUCCCAGUAGAUAUCUCCACUUGCUUUGCUAAGACUGUUAUAGACACUGGUGUCGAGGUUUCUACCGGUUGCCAAGGCGCCUCUGGCGCGACAUGCAUUGGUUCAAAUUCAGAAGGAAAGUUGUGCAAUCACAAAGCUGCACAGAUGUCGUUUGAUGCGAUGAAAGGCCAAAGCUACAUUAUGACUGUCUUCAAUGAAGCACUCGCUGCUGUCAACGUUAAACAGUAUAGAAUCGUUGCAUUUGCUCUCGAGAUCCCAGCGAACUCCAUGUGUAGUGCUGCCACCGUUGUCCCACAUAAGCAAUUCUACAAGCAAUACUUGGUAUUGAACAGACUUGCGUUUAAGACCGAAUUGACUGACAUUGGAACGACUCGUGGUCUCUAUUACUUACUUAACACAGACAAGGCGAUGAAAGUCUCCGUUGACACUUGCUCAAUGUCGACCACUAUGGAUACCUUUAUCUUGAGACACUCUGGAUGUGUGGUAAAUACCGUUGGUGAUGCUAAAAUUUCCACCCCGUUGGACUACAUUGAUGUCAUGUCCACUGUAAGAUACUCCUGCGACGUCCAUGGAACUAAGUUGAAUUUCGAGACCGUUCCAAAUAAAGAUUAUUAUAUCUUCGUUGCUCCAUAUAACUUCGAUGAAGAAGGAUUUAUGGAAGUCCAGUUCUUUAUGGAUUACGUCGACUCUGACCAAUCAAGCAACAACGACAAUACUUCAUCAGAAGAAGACAAUAAUGUCCCAGUCGGCUGGAUCGUAUUCGGUGUGUUGUUCUACAUCAUGUGCGCUGUUGUUAUCGCCGUCGUGGUCGUUUUGAUUAUCCUCAAAAGGAAGUCGAGUGCAAACUAUUCCAGCUUUGAGUAA